CGAUGCUAAAUUAAGUAGUUUUAUACAUACUUAGCACAAUGAAACGCUCUCCUGCAAAUGCAGUGACACCGGUACAAUAUUGAACUGGCAGGCUCUGUUCGUCUUGAACCGCCAUUAUUGAAACUCAAGGUUGCUCUAAUAAUGCCGAACACCGUUAACAUAGAAAGACAUAAGCUUAACCAAGCGAUGUACCAGAAACUGAAGAAAUAUAUUAUGAGUAAAAGAAAACGAGAACAAGAAGAAAAAGCACAAGACGCAAUUGUUAAGCGUUUACGACGUGAAAGGGAAGAAUCUAAACGACAAGCCGAAAUGGAUACAGAGAAUUUAGAAAAUACUAAAAAAGAGAUCUUGGUAACUCGUAAACGCAUAGAAGAACUCACAUCUAGAAGAAAUGAGCUAUUCCAGCGACUAAAACAAAUCGCCAGUGAGGAGACAAGCCUUCGUGAAAAACAAAAAAGGUAAGGUGUUUUCACUCGAGAUUUUUUCUCCUCAGCGAAACUAUGGCUUACUUAGCAGGUAUGCCACCUACUCAAUUCGGUUUGGAACCAAACAAUACUAGCACGCAAAAUCGGCUUACGGUGCCCCAAACUACAUUACCUACAGGACAACCAAUGCAACCACAGGUUGUCCAACAUGUCUCUCUGCCAAAACAUAACUUGAAUGCUAAUGGAUCUGCAUCAAUAUCUAGUAUAAAUCCUGAAGCCUUGAGUGGUUCCCAGUCUCCUCACAGACCGCAUCAUCCGUCUUUAUUUGGCUUGAAUGGAUCUAAAUCGGCUCAUACAACAAUUUCAACUCAAACGGGGCUAGGUAUGCAGCAAAGUUUGGCAUCAAUAACAAAUAAUCCGUCAGCCACUAUGGCUGCAGUAGCGGCUGCCGUAGCUGCACAACAAAGGUCAAUGCCGUCAUCUGAUCCGGUCAGCGUUUGUUUAUUUUAACUCAUAGUUUUAUAUAACCUGUUAGCUCACUAGCUGCCCAUUUUCUAAGACUAGGAAUGUAUGGGUAGAUAAUCGAAUCAUAAGUCAUUUGCCUAUUUCUCCAUAACCAUUUAAUGUAUGUCUAGUCUUACAACCAUUUGUGUGUAUUAGUGCCCCUCAUCUUCCCUCAAACACCUAGUUCAGUCACACUCUGUGCCAUGCAAAACUCGCAAAUAUAUGACCCAGAAAGUCACCAUAGACUGAAUAUUUCAAAAAAAUUGAUGAGUGCUGAAUGAAGAGAUACCAGCCGAAAUUUAAUUAAGUUAUUGCCCCGUCCUUCUAAAAAUAAAUGUAAUGUAAGUCGAUUUUUACCCGAAUAAAACUACUCCCUAUCUUAAGAAAUGGAGAAGAAGUUUAUCAACUAGUUGCGUCAGCAGAGUGAAACAUCUUUAGGCCAGAUGACGUUUUCCUUAACCUUGUAUUUUAUUGUACAAUAUUUUUUUAUUUAAACACAAACAUUGGUACAAGGAGGCACCAAGUAGAUAUGUGUCACAUAGAUCAUUUGGUUCGUGUGAGGGGUGAGAUACUGCCCGGGCGUCCAAACCGAAACAGGUAGUUUUCUUAGAUGGUCACUCCCUGAGCCUUUGACUUGGACGCCUAGUCCACGAGCAACGUAAGGAGAUGCAGUUCCAAUGGUGGUCGGUGGCGAACAAUAAGCUCAUACGCUAUUUGUCUUCUUAGGACGUUAGAGUCCACGUACACCACUUGUUUGGGAUCAGGGUUUUUCAACUCCCGUAGAUGAAUCCUCCAUAUCCACCAAGCCUGUUAAAGCACUGUACAUUCGCGUUUCGUUCUCUGAAUUUCGUAAACAACAAUAGAUAGUUUGACUUCUGAGAUUCCUGUUCCACUUGUACCAAAGUCUUUGCUGAUAAAAGUGCUUGCGCAAACGUUCAUAAGUGCCUAUUACCCAAAAGCUCAGCUCUACUGCUUUUUUGACAGUUAGGAUACUUGAAUCUUAAUAAAUGAAAAAUUGCACAUUUGACUCUUUGAAAUGGAACUGCGAUGUCUCACAAGAUACUGAAAUAGCACUUAUUCACUUAUCGACCAAUUGCAUUCUCGUAUCUUCCACAGCAAUUGGUAUUUGUGAGGAUUCGGAACGCGUAACUAAAGCAGAAAUGUCACUACGACAUAGCGCCAUGAUGUAGAAUUAGCUGUGUGGGUCUAACAGCUGUCGGUCUUUGACUGCUCGCUAGAUGGAUUUCUAGAUAUUACACACUGCCUUCUCGUGGCGGGGGUGUUGUUUACGGAAAUGAGAGGGCAAAAAGCGAUGACAUUCUGGAAACAGCUCUGAUGAAUGUAGGUAAUGGUGGUGUGGAUCUGUUGCCUGGAGAAAGACUUCUCGACCUUGAGUAUGCGGACGAUAUUGUCUUACUGUGCGAUAAUGCCCAAGCCAUGCAAUCCACACUUAAUCAGUUGGCAAUCAGUGUCCGUAGAUAUGGUAUGUGCUUUGCACCUUCGAAGUGCAAAGUACUUCUACAAGACUGGCAGGAUUCUAAUCCUGUACUCACCCUGGAUGGUGAGCAGAUAGAAGUAGUCGAGAAGUUCGUGUAUCUAGGUAGCUGCAUAAGUGCCGGUGGGGGGUGAGUGAUGAGGUCAAUGCACGUAUAGUGAAAGCCAGAGCGGCUUAUGCCAAUCUGGGCCAUCUUUGGCGCCUUCGUGAUAUCAGUCUGGCUGUAAAAGGUCGGAUCUUCAACGCGUCGGUGAGAGCAGCUUUGCCCUACGCUUGUAAAACCUGGCCUCUCCGAGUUGAGGACGUUAGACGACUCUCUGUGUUCGAUCAUCGCUGUCUCCAAAGGAUUUCUGACAUCCAGUGGCAAUACCAUAUCAGUAAUGCAGAGGUUCGGCAUCGUGUGUUCGGGCACAGAGGCGGAGAGGUGGUUAGUGUAUGACAUGGUGUCGUGGUAUGAAAGAAAGCUGCAAAGGACUGGCUUCUGUCGGUCCUUCACGGCUCCCUGGUUGGGGUCCGAGAGAUGGUGCAACACAGUGGCUAGAGACGUUGUCAGAUAUGGCCCAGAAUAGAAGCCAGUGGCGAUCCUGCUGUAACCUUCUUUUACUUUCUUCAUAAAAAGUGGUUGUGUCUUCCUUACCUGAAAGAUUUCUUCCGAUUGUACCUUUCCGUUCCCUGAUUACUACCACACUACCUUACUCCAAUCUCUUCGUUAUUGUUCUCUUUUUUUUUCUUGCGCUCCUUACCUUUUUUUUCUCUUCGAUUUCUCAUUGUUUUGUGUGGCGCAUAUAUAUUGGCGCUCUCUUGUCCCAAUAUUUAUGUGUUCAAAUAAAUAAAUAAGAAAUUACACAACCCACUGCUUCAAGUUGCUUAACAGACAUGGCUCGAAAUAAGUGCCACUGACGGUCCUGUGUAGUACUCCACUAGAUCCUCGUGCAAGUAAGAUGAAAUGUCAACCAAAUUGCAUCUAUCUUGUCUGUAUGUUUCAUUGUUCCGUACCCUAUAAUAGAUAGUACUCCAGUUUAUUUGUUGCACAAUCUCUAUUUCCACCAUGGUUUUACCACUUCCCUUUCUAUGGCUUAUUGUUUUUAGCGCCCUGUCAUACCAAAAAUUAUUAUUGUAUAACUUGUUUGAUAAAAAGGAAUAGAAUAGUUUAUGACAUAAACUUCUUUUUCAUGUGAGUACUAUUGUCCCUGACGGGUUUGAUAUUGAUAAAGUCCCGUUACUUCUCAAAAACUUAUCUUCUUACUUAUCAACUUGCCGUGCCCAGAUGACAUAACUCUACAUAACAAAUAUACUGACGGAAUUGUUGGUCUUGAAUUCCUGGAGCGAAUAUGGAUGAAUUUUUGAAGUGCAUUUGUCGCGAUGUUCGGAGACCGUUUUAUAACUGAUAGGUUUAAUUCAAAUCCGAGUUAAGAAAUCCCAUGUGUAGGAUUUGAUGGGAUUCGUUACUUUAAGAUCCUGAAGCCCAUUUACAACUCCAUUUCGGCAUCGAGGAUCUCCAAAUUCUGUAAACAUGUUUUGUUUACCGAUCAAGCUGAAAAGCUGAAUGUCCCCUUAGACUAUACAGUAAAACAUAAAAGUAAUAAUAAAAUGUAACCAUGUCAAAUUAUUUCAGGAUUUAAUGAAUUCUACUUCACCUACCGUACCAGAACAUUUUAUGGAAGUAUUCAAAGUUUAAUUACAUUCCCCAUUGGUGUUUCUCUACAUCUUAAGGAUCGUAUUGCAUUGCAAUUAUUAACUCCUUGUUUGCUCACUUAUUUCUCCCUAAUAUCUUAUUUUAUUUAUUUCAUACUCAUUUACUGUAGUCAGAUGUAUAAUUGUAUCAGGUUACUUUUGUUUCUCAUUCAUGAAACCUAUUUCCUACCCGAAUGAAAUACAUAGAAAUCCAACUCACCGUAUAAUAGUAUUGUGGUUACGUCAGCAAUUUAUAUAUUCCCACAUCUGACCCAUCAUUUUCCAAACUCAUCGUCUUCUUAGAUGUAUGUAAUACAUCUUGGUUGUCCAGACCACUGGAAAGUAUCGGUUUCUUAGUCGAGAAAACUAUCCCGAAGCAAUCUUUCAGUCUACACAUUCAUAUUCUUUAUAUUUAUGAUUAUUCUUACCUAAUUGUUGAAAAUCUGUAUUUUUGACCAGGCGUCCAUGAAGCUCAAUUGUAAACAGCUACUUAUUAUAUUUACAGGGUUUUCCAUCCACAGCCGCCGCAGCUGCAUAUUUCAAUGUGAUUGCCUCCUUGGCGAAUUCAUCUUCUCUUACAGGAAAUUCCUUAGGAAUAACAUAUCCCAAUUCCUCUGUUAGUCUUGCUGAAGUUGUUGCUGCUCUUGCUGCGUCAGGAUUAUGUUCCCUCCCAGCACAUCUAUCAUCGAAUCCACCGCCAAUAUCAAGUGGAAAUUUGGUCCCAAAUUUUACAUUCACCAGUCGUGCAUCUCCUUCUGUCCCAGAUGGUCAUCAAAACCGUGACACUAUGACAGCACUUUCAUCGGGAAACAUGCACUCAAACUUAUCUUAUCAUCAAAACGUAAUUCAGUCAGCCAAUAUGUCCAAGAACCCUGCAGUAUCCACUCAUCAUAAUCCUAAUUUUGAUUUUACCAGCUCCACACUAGAUACCGCAAAAGUGUGCUUAGCUCAACUAGCAGCAGCUGCUGCCGGCAACAAUAAUAAUAGUGGAAAUCACAUGAACCAACAAAAUGUCUUACCCAGUAAUCAACAAUUACAGAAAGCUCAUCAAAUUCUACGUUCACUGAAUGCUUCAAAUCCUCUAAUAUCUCCAUUACUGAGUGGUAACACUUCAGAUUUGGAUAUUUCUCAAACUACUUCUACUCCUUCAUCAACACCUAUAUCUGGUAGCCCUUUACUACCACCAGCCCCUAUCAGUUAUAGAGGAAGCAUUACUACUGGGCAAUCUGCUCAGCAAAUCCAACUUCAACAGCAGGCUCAUCAAAAGCAACAGCAUAACUUGUCGAAGUAUAUGACACAGGUUGAUUACAGUUCAGCACGUGGUCCUUCUGGUGUACAAAAUAUGGAAAGUUCACAUGUUGGCUAUUGUCUUUUCAAGCAACUAAUUACUGGAAACUUCGCCCUAAAGCUGCUUGUUCAUAUCUUCCAGCAGGUUUCAUUUCUAUUCCUGAGCGAUGCCUUUCGAAGAAUCAUUAAGAAACGAAUUCAUUUUCAUCAAAAUUGAUAUCCUCAAGUCUUGCUACAGAUGCUAAUUAGUGUUAGUUUAGUAGGUUUGAACAUAAAAACCAACUUUUUUAGAUUCAAUCGUGUAUGGUUUUACACCCCAUAAUAUCUUAGACUAAUUUUUGCCUGAAAUAAACUUUCCCGAUUUAUCCCAAUAAUAAAUUACGGACAAAAGGAAUAUAAAAUAAUGAGAUUGUGUUUCGACCCAAUAUGGUUCAAUUCAUAUCAGCGCAACAAUAAGAGAACAUGCAAAUGAUAAAAUCAGUGAUCUACAUAGUAUUAGAUGAUUAAGGGACAAACUGCUGAAUUUUGAAAUUUGGACAUCGCUACACAUGUAAUUAUCAUAUCUGUCUUUACCACUUUAUGUUUUUCUGCCAUACCGCUGACCAAUCAUUGUGUAAUCAUUCGUCAGUUUACAUUUAAUUGACUCAAUGUAGUCCUUAAUAUUAAUAAUCAGAAGAUUCAAACUCUCGAAUAAACAGUAGCUUUAACCUUUUAUUUCGAAGUACAGUUACUGGUAAUGUAGACAGACAGUGUAGUAUCCAAUCCUCCGGAGUUUUCACGGGGUCAUUCAGUCAGGCAUCAUCCUGCAGCCUGACACGUGUGUAUUGACACAAGUUGCCAUAUAUUGGAACGACGAGAUGGAGUCAACAAGAUAAAUAGCAAAAUAUGUAAAUGACAACGGCGUUGAAACAGAUUAAGCAUUUAGGUUAAGAUUCUAAAAUACAGAUUGGAAAAGCAUGUAUCAAUGAAUACUGAAAUUCAAGAUAGAGAAGAAAAUGAAAAGUAAAUGUACUACACCACUGUGAAUGACUUUCAGCUAUCUCAUCCGAAGUCUUCAACUGCUGAUCACGAUUAUUAUCCAGACUCCGACCAGGUAGCCUGCAUCUGCCGACGUGGCUCAGACCAACAGUCAAUAAUUUCACAAACUGGCGCCAUAUUUUGGUUUGGCUACCCUUAGAUUUCUCCCAACCUACUCUUAUAUUGGAAAACAUCUCUUGUCAAAGUAGCCGGUGGUUAGACAUGCGUAACAGAUGUCUUAACUAUCUUUAUGUAUAUUAAUAACCUCAUCAACUAGUUUGCCAUCUUUGCCAAAUACCCUGUGCUUAAAUUCAACAUUUCUCACUCGAACGCAUUCUUAUUUUAGUGUCUGACUGUAUCAGUAUCUCUGUGCAUUAGAUAAAUAAUUUGGUACUUCUUUUCAAAUAGGCACAGGGUUAAGAUCAUGGUUUCAAGAAACCACGGAUACCAUUUCACAAGUCCCAGAAGAAAAGUGAUACAAAAACGUUGACAUAGGUGGUAGGAAACAACAAAGAAAAUCCGUAGUAGAAUCGGUGACCCAUUAGAUAAACUCAAGUGCUAUACGACGUCUAGUUAUUGACACCUAAUUAUACUGCUAAUAUUUCAUCAACCCAAGGAGCAAGGUUCACUAAUCAACAACAAAUUAAUGCAAAUAAUCUCAUUAUGCUAAAUCUAACGUCUACAUCAUCUCAUAAUAACGCACCUACCGUAACUAAUACUGGUAAAUGUCUUACAGGUAGUCGUCAUAUAGAAAAUAAUUCUUUAAGAAAUUCAGUUAAUAACAAUACAAGUACAUCUAUACAGUUCAAUUCAUCUUCGUCCGGUGUUGCAUCAAUAGCUUCAAACUCAACAAUUUCACCAUCUAUAUCGAAUACUGGCUCUUCUAUUGCUUUGAAUCCAGGACUAACUCCAUUUCCAACUGAUCUAAGCUCAUUAAACUAUCUAACAUCUGCAACUCUAGCCGCUGCUUUUCAACAACAACAACAACAGUUAAAUAAACUUGUCAUGUCAGCAAAUAACAUACCUUCUUCACAUGGACAUUCAAACACUUCUGGACCACCAUCUAGUUCAUCGAAUAAUUCUGGGCGUCGAUUUUUUUGAAUUUAUGUUGUAGUUAAAUUUGUCAAUGUGUACAUUGUUAUCAUUAUAUUUAUUCCCCGAUAAUUUGGUGAUUUAUAUCUAAAAAUAUACAAACUUUGUAUAUUAUUUUCGUGUGAACAAAUUUACCAAAAGAAGUGUUGUCACGGAUCCCGUAUUUGGUAUAUACUGUUAUGGGAGCAGAUACUAAAUAUAUUUACAUAACCUACUUGUUAGAUAGAGAGACCUUCUAGUGCUGUCAUUGAUUAAUAUCUCAUUCUUAUUGUUUUACUCCAAAUAAUUAAGUCGUUGUGUUUUAUAUAAUGUUAACGUCAGAAAUAAGGACGAAUAUGGAUUCUUCUGUUACGAACAUCUAUGCUACCUGGUAAACUGAACGACUGGUAUAAGAUCACGCCUUAAUAUUUAUAAACUGUAUACGAAUAUAAUUUUCUAAGGAGCUUUGAUGUCUCACAUGAAAAUCGUGAGAUAAGUAAACAUCUCAGUAUGUAUAUUAUUUCGCAAGGCAAAGUAACCAAUGGAACUAGGUGUGAAAUUCCGUGGCGUUCCUAUAUUGCAAGUGUCACAAUAAUACUAAAAUAUAAAGGGUCACAAUAAUGAGUGUUACUGUGGUAACCCAGAAAAGUCAUAAUAUUGAUCUAGUUUUACACUAGAUAAAAAUUGCUAUUGAUUUUUGAGAAAAUAGAGUCCACAGUCUAUUAUAAUAUUUUACUUGGUUAACUGCGUUAUUUUUACUCAGUUAUCAACCGUAUUUUUCUAGGCUUUUCAGUUAUUUCCCCUUAAGACAGUCAGAGACGUUAAUAUGUCGUUACUAGAUAUUACAGAGAAUGACUAUUAGUUUUUUUCGUCAAGCACGGACACAGAGAAUCCACCCAGGGGGGUUGGGAAACCCUGAUUACAAACCAAUAGUGCACAUGGGCUCCAGUAUCCCGAUGGGACAAAUGCCAUAUGAACCAAUCGUCGGUCACCGGCUACCGUAGAACUGCAUCUCCUUACGAUGCUCCACUGCCUUAUGGAUCAGACCCUUAGGUCAAAGGCUCCAGGUGUGGCCCCCUAAGAAAACCACCUGCUUCGGUUUCGGCACCCGGACAGUAUCACAGCCCUCACACAAAUUUGAUUAGAUGGCAAGUAUUUCACAAAAUACUAUACUCGUAUAAAUAGUCAAGUAUCAAAAACCCCAUGGUCUAAUUCAGCUACUUGUCGGUACUACAACCAGUGUCCACUUGUGACUGUUGAACAUUGUUUAAGUUUUUGUUUUUUGUCAUAUAAAAGAAACGUUUAGUAGCUAAAACUAAGGGAAGUAUCAGAAUUAUUUGCAUGAAUGACGUCUUUGUACUAGAUAACCCAAUUGAUUAAGUAUUUCAUCUUGACAAGGUCUUGCCUAUAUAUAAUAAAGACUGAUAGUCUCAGGGGAGCAUAAUUGAACACUAUUUCGAAUUGUAAACAGAAAUCUUUAUCACACUUGAAAAUGUACAGUAAGUACAGGGGUUAUCACAAAAGUUAGCUAUUUCCUAGUGUAGUUCACCCGUACAUUGAGUUAGUAUCCCAGCGCAACUUAAUUGACGAUAUACUUUUCAUAUGAUUGGUAUCUAUGUCUAAGGACUUAUAAGUAAUUGUUGCUAAAACCUAUAGAUUUGAUAAAGCAACCUGAAUAAAGUCUACAUAGUUUACACAGUUUCAUUAUAAUUCUGGUUAUCAGUUGUUCAAAUUCGGAAAGUUAUGCUGUCCGUUGAUAUUUUAAAUCACGAAAAUCUGCUAGUUCUUUUUGUAUAUAACAUUUUUUUAUUUACAAUGAAAUUAAAUCACUGCUAAGUCGGUCAUCCAACGUCCAAAUCAAUCGGAUAAAAAGAUAAGACUAGGAAAGUAGCCUUUUUAAUAGUAAAUCCCAAUAGAAUAUUAAAUCACCAAUUAUACAAACCGUAACUCAAUAUAUUGAUUGUUUUGAGAAAAUCUAGAGUGGUAGAUAUUAAGUCUAAUAUUUUGAAUAAUAUUGAUAACUCAUUAUCUCAGCUGAUAUCCGACUGUUUUUUUAUAUAUUCAUUUGAUGCUUUCUAAAUGUUCAUCUGACUCAGGAAGUACCUUAAACAAAUUCACAAAUUACUAACUCUGAUGACCCUAGUUAUCCAUUAAUCACUGUUUAGUGUUGAUUGUGACUAGCCUAUUGUUUAGUGUUAUUGAUAUUCAUUAUUAUAAUACAUCAAGCACUAGCUUGAUUACUCGUUUAUAACUAAAUAUAGCUCUCUAGCUUGGAAAUUUAUGUCGAUUUAGUUGUGUGAUGUGCCUCGAUAAUAUAAUAUUAGGUUGUAUUACUGCUGACUCAGCGAAAACAACCAUUAUGAUCAGUUUAACCAUUUUUUUUCUCUGAAUUGGUAUUGAACAUUGCUUCGCAACAAUCAGUUCACCACUGUAAACGAGGGAGAACUACUGAAGGGUCCCAUACUAGGGUUCAACAGCUUUUUAGUUGGAUUACAUUACGAUUCGGAAUCCUAGAAGCAACCAGGAAAUUCCUACCUAGAUGAUUAAGCCCACUGACAAGGUACAACUUCAUAUAGUUGGUAUUUCAUUAUGCAUUUGUACUAUAACUACCCAGCGUCCUACAUUUAAAGUAGAGAUGAUUUUAAAACGAAGCUCAGUAGUCGAAUUUCUAAAAUUUCAGCUAAUUAUCUACUGCUUUGGAGUUUUCGGCAUGAGCGAUAACAAAAACUUAUCACCUGUAAAUUCGAUGAAUUACAGUGAAUGACCAAGUAGCCUCUAU